GCUGAAAAUCGUUUUGUGGUAUUUUUAUUGCGCCAGCCAACGACCUUUUUAACUCUGCGCGCACACAAAAUUCGAAAGCCUUCGCAGGGUCGCUGUAAUGUCUUUUCGUUCACGUUCACGCGCCUCCCAGCCGCUAGCUGGCUCUUCGCAUCGUCGUUCACUCUCCAGUUCGCGUGCCACCUCUGCUUCGGGUGUGGGCGGUAGCGGCAGUGCCUACAACUACAAUGGCAGCAAUUACAAUAGCAAUCACACAAAUGGAUAUAGCUCUAGUUCGCGUCCGUUGAGCACCGGUUACUAUCAGAAUGGCGUUGGCGCUGGCACAUCGUCGUCUUCGGCGGCAUCGUCUUCCUCCUACUAUCAGAGCCCGUAUGCGAGCAUUUAUGGUUCGCGUGACAAUCUCUACAGCACGGCCGGAAGUCGCGCAGCCGGUGGUGGUGGCACCAACGGUGGUAGCGCAGGCGGUGGGGGCAGUGGUUAUGAAUCGCGUUACCUUUCGAAUCCCUACAGUAGCGAUCGCUAUAUGAGUCCCUACACUAGCUACGACAAUGGCGUGACCACGGCUUCGCUCAGCUUGAAUAUGGGUAGCGGCGCUGGCAAGUCCAACUCCUUCAAAGCGCCAAGUCUGCUGAAGAACAAAUCGAUCUCCAAUUCGAAUAGCAAUUUGAACGCCUACGGCGGCAGCACCGCAUCAGCAUCCGGUGGUUCAAUGGCGGCAGCUGUUAAUAGUAGCAGUGUAGCGGCGAUGGCGGCAUUAGUUGGACGUAGUAAUUCCUUGCGCGAACAGGAACGCAAGUCACGCAAUCGUUCACGUUCACGCAGUGCAGCGCAACGUUCGUUGAGCGCAUCUUCAGAGAAGAGUGAAGGUUAUGAAAGUGGCGGUGAACGUGCCGCUUCGCGUUCACGUUUAGGCAGUACCACCACCUCCAGCUCGAACUCCGCGACAGAUGAAAAUAAAGCACGUGAUAAGUCAGAGAAUGGCGAAGCCAUCGACUACAAGGCUCUAUGGGAGGCUGCAAAAUUGGAGAACGACAAACUAAAACAGCAAUUAAAGAAGAAGGAUGAAGAAAUCGUACAAAGUAGAGCAACACUCGAAAGAAUUACAAACGCAACAACUAAAAACUCACUCUCAGAGCUCGAAAAACGCGAAAGGAGAGCAAUGGAACGCAAACUUUCCGAAAUGGAAGAAGAGUUAAAGCUAUUGCAGAAGCUUAAGACUGAGAAUGAGCGUUUGCGUGCGGAGAAUCGUGCUCUCACGCGUGUCGUAUCCAAGUUGACCUCCUCAGCUCAGAGUCAACUAGCUAAAAAAUCAAAAUAAUUUUAAAAUUAAUAAAAUGAAAUCAAAUCAAAAAUAAUACUCUUAAACUAAGGAAAUUAGUAAAUGAAAAAUUAUUAAUAUAUACAUAAUUCAUAUGCGCAUAUACACACGUACAUACAUACUAUUGUUAAAGAUAAGUGUUUAGAAGAAAAGAAAAAAAGAGACUACAUAAAAGCAAGUGUUUCGAGAGACGGCGUAUAACUGGUGCCGAGUAAUGCUUACAGUAUUUAAGCUCGUAUUUAACUGGAUAAUUUUUGUGCUGCAAAGAAAUUGACGCUGGUGGAAAGAAGCUUCCUAAAAGAGUUCUUAGUGGGAGCUGUGUAGUAUAAACUAUACUACGUACAAAUAAAUGAAUGAACACUCGUGUUGAGAUGCUGAAGUUUUGGAAAAAUUGCCACGUUUUGGCUAUGAAAUGUUUGUAAUAUAUUGCAAUUGUUCGAUCGGUUCUAUCAGCACAGGCAGCAAAAAUAUCAGCAAUGAUUACACUGGAAAUUUAUAAACUGUUAUUGCACAAUUCCACAAUGGAUAUCAACUAGAUUAGGAGCAUAAAAAAAAAUGUUGGUGUUAAUAAGCUUGUAUGCCUCUUGCCAAGCUACAACGUACGCGCGCUGACUUUGAAAACCGUCGGGAUUACGCAGCUUUCAUUGCUCUACCAAUAUACAUACAUACUCAUAGAUUUAUGUAUUUAAAAGUACAUUUAAUAUUGCUUGCAUAACAUAACUGCACAAUAAUCGAAUAAAAAAUAACCUAAAACAUUGCAAAAAGUGUUUAAUUGAGCGAAAUGUUAGAUAACAAUAAAUUAAUAAAGUAAUAUAUAUCUCAUCAUGCAAUUAGAACAAAUAUUAAAAAAAAAAAUAUCCAAAUAAUUAUCCCACUGACAGUUAAGUGUUCAAUAUAAGCGCUCUGGAAAAAUAUUCGGAAUUUCGAUGUGAAAUCCUCGAUGAUCAACAAAAUUGGCUA